UCCGGGAAAUUGGAAGACGAAACAAGACCGCCAAUGCUACAAUCACGGCGUGUGCCCAGAGAUGGCUAGUAUAAAAAGGCAGACGUGCGAUUCUAGUCGACACUAGUUCUUCAGCUCCUGUUCAAUUACUAGUAGCAAACAUGAAACUUUUGAUUGUCGCCCUGUUCUUGGCUUGCGCCUCUGCCCAGUAUUUGCCGUAUGGCUAUUACGGCGUUCCCAUUCCAACUGCAAGCCAAUUUCACGCUCAGGAUGCGCUAGGUCAAGCUUCAUUUGGUUAUGCUUACCCAGGACAGGCCGCUACUAACUACCGCGACCCUUUCGGUAACCAAGUUGGCUCUUACGCUUACGUCAACCCCAACGGAAAGGAAAUCCGCGUCAGCUACGUCGCUGAUAGCCAGGGCUUCCGCGUCCUGUCCAACGAUCUGCCUCAAUCUCCAAUCGAUGAAGGCAAAGCGCCCGUUUUUGAAGGCAAGGCUCCCGUUUUUGACGGUAAGGCACCCGAGCCCGUACAGGACACACCUGAAGUAGUUGCCGCUAAGGCCGAGUUCUUCAAGCUGUUCAAAGAAGCUGAAACUGCCGCAGCAUCCGCCCCAGCCGUCGAAGCCGCUCCCGUUGCUGACGCUCCAGUUGCCCCAGUUGCCGAAGUCGCCCCCGUUGUUGAAGCCCCUGUUGCCCCAGUUGCACCAGUGGAAGAUGCCCCAGUCGUUGUCGAAGCGAAAGUAGCUGCUGCACCCGCUGCCGAAGUUGAAUGGAAAGCUCCCGAGCCCGUUCAGGACACCCCUGAAGUCGUUGCGGCCAAGACUGAAUUCUCCAAACUCUACAAGGAGGCCGCCGCUGCCGCUGACGCCGUUGAUGAGGAAGGAAAACCUACUGCCGUUGCAACCCCCGUCGUGGUUGAGAGCGUACGCAGGAAGCGUCAAAUUCCAUUCUUCCCCGCAGCUUUUCCCUACGCCUCGGCUGUUUACCCUGCCGCUCUUCCCGCUGUUAGGUACGUUGCUCCCGCUCCCUUGGUAGGCAAGACCACCUUCAAGACCGUCACCGCCGAAGCUGACCUCACCGCGAAGACCCCAGCUGACACCAACAAAUUUGACUUGAAGGAAAAGAGCUUCGACGUUGUUACCCCCCUUGCCUAUCACCUGCCCUACACUUACAACUAUCACUUCGCUCCUGCUGAUGCCCCAGUUGCUGCUGAUGCCCCAGUCGCCGUUGAGAGCGCCCGCAAGAAGCGCCAGGUCGUCGCUGUUUUGCCCAACAAGCAGUUCAUCGAUGAUCUCCACUACAGGAGCGUUGACUUGAACCAGGACGGCCAACCCGACAAGGCUGUUCUCCCCGUUUACCCAACUUUCCACUACGCUGCUGCUUUUCCUACACUCAAGUACGUCCCAUCCGCAGUUGCUCCCGUUCCGUUCGUGGCUAAGACCACCGUGAAGGCCGUCACUGCUGAGGCUGAUCCGUCCGCCAAGACCCCUGCUGCCACCACCAAGUUUGAUUUGAAAGAAAAGAGCUAUGAUGUUGUUACUCCUCUGGUUUACCCCUUCCCCCACGCUUAUCCCUUUGUCGCUGCUGCACCCGCACCUGCUGCGGCCGCUCCCGUCGCCGUUGAGAGCUCACGCAAGAAGCGCCAAGUCACUGUCGUUCCCACCAGCCAGUUCUUCAGGGAUUUUGCUUACAACAGCGUUGAUUUGAACAAGGAUGGUCAACCCGACAAAGCCGUUUAUACUGCUCCCCUUGCUUACUCAGCAUUCUACCCUUAUCCCUAUCCUUACGUUAACGGAUUCUAUGGUUGAAUUGUUUUGUAACACAGCACUUGAUCUGGACAAUUAGAACGUACAAAACCUAUAGCCGAAUAUGAUUAUCAACCCAACAUUUGACGUGUGCCGAUCACCUUGCAGUUCUACCAUUUAGUGUACAUUCUUUCAAUUUUGUUUUUUGUUU